AUGAGUUGGAUAGCUAGGAAGUCUAAUAUCCAGGGUGAUAUCUGGCCCGGCUUGCCAAAAAGAUUUCAAACAUUCAUGUUCUUCAAGAUCAAGAAAGCAGAUGACUUCAAAAAGCGGCUUAGAACUUUCGUCAAAGAUGGCGGAAUUACGAGCGCCAAGGAUGCAUGUGAUAUGAAGAACAAAAUUCUUGCAGCAAAGUUUCAAGCACAACAGUCAGGUCGACCAGCCAAGAUUCAGCCACUACCCGGUGUUAAUAUUGCUUUUGCCUCAACAGGUUUAGCCGCUCUUGGGAAAUUCACAUUUAAUGAGGGUGCUGUGAAGAAGGAUAGAGAAUUGUCCAAGAUCUUUAAAAAGAACCAACUCAGAGGUGGCUUGUUUGGAAAAGGCAUGUACGAUGACCUUGUAAACGAGGGCUGGGAUGAUCCACAAGAGAUUCGACAGCAGUACAAGCCAUCUCCAAAUCGCUUGAUUGAUGGAGUUUUUCUAGUCACAGCCAGUGAGGAGGAUACUUUGACUUCCCAGGUAAACAGGAUCAAAGAGCAUUUCCUCAAGGAACAUGGAAGCGGUGAUGGCGAUACAUACUUGAUUAGUCAAGACCCAGCACUCGAGUUCAGCUUUACCAGGCAAGGACGAACCCGCCCAGAAAAAGGCAAAGAGCAUUUCGGUUUCGAGGAUGGAAUCAGUCAACCCUUGAUAGAAGGCUUAGAUGAGGUGACACCCAAGGACAAAGAGCCCAAGUCCGUAAAAUCAGGAUUGAUUUUUGCAAGGCACGAGGGUGAUGAUAUGAAGCAGCCAGAUUGGGCGGAAGAUGGGAGCUUCCUCGUUUUUCGGGAUCUCCAACAGCUUGUCCCUGAAUUUGAUAAAUGGUUAGAAGAUAACAAACACAAUGCACCGGAUGCCGCAAACUCUGAAGAUCCCAAGGAGAAGCUUGCUGCAUACCUGAUGGGUCGAUGGAAAAAUGGAACACCCGUGGAUGAGAGUCCUCACGAUGCCAAAGAUGAAAAACUUUUCAAAUCUAACAAUUUUGACUUCCAUCCCGUUCAAGAACACGCCAAAUGUCCUUUUGCAGCGCACAUCCGCAAAAUGCGACCUCGUGGAGACUUGGAUCACGACCACGCCGUUAUCAUACGCCGCGGUAUUUCUUAUGGAGGCGAAGUAACACCCGAAGAGAAAGCUGCACAGAAAUCCGAUGACGAGAAAGAACGUGGGCUUCUUUUCGUGUGUUACCAAAGCGACAUUCGAAAUGGUUUCAAUUUCUUGACUACUCGCUGGGCAAGCAAUCACCACUUCCCAGACCGCAAGGACAAAUUCGUUGGUGAGCAUGGUCCGGGAAUCGAUGCUAUUGUAGGCCAGCGACUCGAUCACCAUCCACCUCGCUCCAUCGGUCUUCCAGAUGGUAAAGAUCCUACAGAAGCACGUGUUCAACUUGAUAGAUGGGUGGUUCAAAGGGGCGGUGAAUAUUUCUUUUCGCCGGGAAUUCAAGCACUCGAGGGAUAUUUGACUGAUCCUUCUGAUUAUCCGCCUGCGCUUGUGGCUCCAUGA